CGCGCGAUGCCGGCUGGACACGCUGGACGCCGGCCGCGUGAACGUGACACAGCUCGGCCGUCUGCGGCGACUGGAGAUCGAGUGCGCCGACUCGUCGCAUGUCAGCGUUGACUUCGCCGUUGCGCUGGGGCGCGCGUUCGGCGAGCUGCGUGAGCUGGCGGUGGAGCGCUGCGCGCUGGGGCACCUCCGGCGAGGGGUGUUCCGCCACCUGCGUGGCCUGCGGACGCUCAGCCUAAGGACGUUCAACCGCGAGUGGACGUCGGCGGAGAUGAGGCUGGAGCGGGGCUGCUUCGAGGGCCUCGAGUACCUCGAGACGCUGGACCUCGGCGAGAACAACAUGUGGGCGCUGGAGUCGGGCGUGUUCGCGGACCUAGCGUCGCUCAAGACGCUCAACCUCACUGGUAACAGCUUCCAAGAGCUGGCCGAGCUGCAGGACGCUGGCAUCAGCGACAGUCUGCAGGUGCUGGACGUGUCUAGCAACGGUCUGCUGGAGCUGUCACCGGCCGGACUCAGCUCAUUCGGCAGCCUCCGUGAGUUGCACGCGCGCGCCAACCACCUGGCCGUGAUCCACGACGGAGCGCUGCGGGACCUGAAACGGUUGGAGGUGCUGGACGUCUCCGACAACCGGCUGGUGGCGCUGCCGGCCAUGAUGCUGAACGAGACGCGUCUGCUCCGCGACCUCCGCGUGCAGAACAACAGCAUCCGCGUCCUGCCGCCGAGCCUGCUGUCCGACCUGCCGCAGCUGCAGGCGGUCAACAUGUCCCGUAACAACCUCAGCUCCGAGUGGAUCCGAAAGGACACCUUCGCCGGCCUGUUCCGUCUGAUCGUGCUGGAUCUGUCGGCAAACCAGCUGGACUCGCUCAGCGUGGACGUGUUCCACGACCUCUCAAGCCUCCAGGUGCUGGACCUCAGCCGGAACGUGCUGACGUCCGUGCCAGACGGCGUGUUUUCGUCGCUGAGCAACCUGCAUACGCUGUCUCUUUCGGACAAUGCACUUGCUCGGCUGGGUCGCUACUCGCUGGCCGGCCUGCACGUGCUGAGCCGACUGCGACUGGACAACAACCGGCUGACUGACAUCGCCGACCUCACCUUCUCCAACGUUACCAGUGUGGAGCACCUGCUGCUGCAGCGCAACCAGCUGCUGUCGGUGCCGGCGGCGCUCAGGCGGCUGACGUUCCUGAGUCGGCUGGACCUGGCAGACAACUUCAUCAGGGACGUGCCGGUCGGCGCGCUGGCGCCGCUCCGCCAGCUCAGCUUUAUCAGCCUCGCCGGCAACCAGCUGAGCAACGUCUCGGUCGGCUGUCUGACCGGCCUGAGCUCGCUGGCCGUGCUCGACCUUUCCCGCAACCGCAUCAGCGGCGUCGAGAGCGGCGCCUUCGACGCUGCCGCCGGCCUGCGCGUCGUCCGAAUCGACGCCAACCGGCUGAGCAACGUCAACGGCCUAUUCGCGAAGCUGCCGGCGCUUCUCUGGCUGAACGCCAGCGACAAUCAGAUCGAGUUCUUCGACUACGCCCUGAUUCCGGUCGAGCUGCGCUGGCUCGACCUCCACAACAACCGGAUCCGCAAGAUCGGCAACUUUUACAACAUCGAGUCCAAGAUCAAGCUGGAGACGCUGGAUCUGAGUCACAACGAGGUGUCGCACCUGGCCGCUGCGUCCGUGCCCGACGGCAUUAAGUACUUCAUCCUUGCCAGCAACCAGCUGACGACGGUGGAGCUGGGGACGUUCGAAGCCAAGUCCCGGCUGAUCCGAGCCGACUUCUCCUCCAACCAGCUGAGCGAGCUGGACCUGCAGGCGGUGACGCUGGCCGGCAGCGAGGACAGCGUGGCGCCGGCCGAGCUUCUACUGGCCGGCAACCCCUUCUUCUGUGACUGCGCCAUGGACUGGCUGCUCACCAUCGACACCAUGACGCCGCGACACAAAUACCCUCAGGUGCUGGACGCGGAGCGGGUGAUGUGCCGCCUACUACGGUCACCGGGCCAUCCGAUCCCGCUGCCGCUCACCAAGCCGGCCGACUUCCUCUGCAACUACGAGCGGCACUGCUUCGCCCUCUGCCACUGCUGCAACUACGUGGCCUGCGACUGCGAGAUGAAGUGCCCCGACGGCUGCUCCUGCUACCACGACCACACAUGGAACACCAACAUCGUCGACUGCAGUAGCCGAGAGCAGCUGGCCAUCUCGCGGGAGAUCCCGAUGGACGCCACGGCCCUGUUGGCCGCCGGCAACAACAUCCGAAGCCUGGAGAGCCACACUUUCAUCGGGCGCAAGCGGAUCCGCCUGUUGUACGUCAACAACUCCAACGUGGAGGAGAUCCAGAACCGCAGCCUCAACGGCCUCUCGGCGCUCCAGGUGCUCCGGCUCGAGAACAACGUCCUCCCGGAGCUGUACGGACACGAGUUUGACAGCCUGCAGUCUCUCCGCGAGCUCUACCUGCACAACAACCGCAUCGCGCGCAUCCACCCGGCCACGUUCGCCAAGCUGCACGCGCUGGAGGUGCUGACGCUGCACGGCAACCAGCUGACCAGCUUCCCCGUGUGGCAGCUGACCAGCCCGUACCUGGUGGAGCUGACGCUGGCGCGCAACCCGUGGUCGUGCGAGUGCGCGUUCGCCGAGCGACUGGCCGGGUAUUUAGCUGACAACCGCGCCAAGGUGGAUGACGCCGACAACAUCCAGUGCGAGUACGCCGCCGCGCGGCCCACCUGCGCCGGCGGCCUGACGACAUCGGCCGUGCAGCGACCGGCCACCGACGGCGCGCUCGUGUUCCGCUUCCGCGCGCGUCUGUGCGGCGGCGCGGCGCCGGCCGCCGCCAAAUCGUCGCUGGCGGGUGCUGCGGCGGUGACGGUGGCGCGCGAGGCAGAGACGCAGUUUGACGUGUUCGUGACGUACAGCGCGCAGGACACACGCUUCGUGAACGAGGUGCUGGCGCCGGAGCUGGAGCACGCGACGCCGGCGUACCGGCUGUGCCUGCUGCGGCGCGACGCGCCUAGCACCAGCUACCUGGGCGACGCCGUGCACCACUGCGUGCAGGCGUCGCGGCGAACGCUGCUCGUGCUCUCCAGGAACUUCCUCGACAACGAGUGGUGCCGGUUCGACUUCAAGUCGUCGCACCUGGAAGCGCUGCGGCGCGCGCGCGGCGUGGUGGCUGUGAUGCACGGCGUGGAGCGGGCCGAGCUGGAAUCGGACCUGCGCGCGCUGCCAGCGUGCGCGGCUCGCGACGCGGCGGCGCUGCGGGCCGUGCUGCCGAGCGACUCGCCGUCGCCGACGUGCUCGACGGUGGUGUCGGAUGACCGGUCGGACGGGCCGGCGCACGGCCGCUCCGACUCGAGCCACGCGCUCGUCUACAGCGCCCAGGCGCCGCACAAUAACAGCUACAGCAGCAUCCAGCCGAGCGAGCACACGUACAUGACCAUCGAGCAGUACCAGACGGCUGGCCGGCCGGCCACCGACGCCGACAUCUACUGCACGCUGGAGCCGGAGGUGCAGCCGCAGAUGCCGUCGGACCCGGACCAUCCGGGCCACCAGCACCACCACCAGCGCUCGCUCUCCCACUCGCUCUGGGUGUAG